CUUAGCUGCGUGCCUACAAGAGAGAAUGGAGAACAGUCAGAGACAGUCAGAUGCCCUUUUUCUCAGCAUGACUGAUAUCAGGGGGUGAAUAUUCCUACAUUUGCAUAGUCUUCUCAACUGUAAAGAUCUUUAGUCAUUCAGGGUCUCGCUGUAAAAAUAAUAAAAAUAGGGCGCAACUUUAUUUAUACAGGAUGUUUCAGUAUUGAUUUUUUUAUCAGCUAUUUCUCCUGCUUUACGCAUGUGUACUGUAGUGUUUUACGGAAUAUUUUGUAAAAUGAAUAAGUCCUGGCAGGAUUUUUAUCUUUUUUUACAGUUCUUAAAAACUGUUUUGGUGGUAACUUGUUAUACCCCGUUUGAGUGUUGAUUUAACAUUUUCAAUUUGGAGAAACAAAGCAAAAAAACAAAAUCAUUGGCCUUAAUGACUUGUCACUCUUUUUGAGCUUCUGAAUGCAUUGUGUCAUGUAAAUGUGAUCUUAUUUGUCUAUCACAACUCUUUACAUGCAGAUACAUAGCCAUUUGGCAGGACUUUUAUGCAAAGCAGCUUCAAGGUACACAUUUUUGUUUUAGUUGUUCUUGAGAACAAAACUACAGACAACAUUUUUUCCAAUGCACUAUGCACUACAGAACAACAGUUAUACUAACUGUCACAUUUCUGGUCUAGCAAGCUUCUUUUGUUUAUCCUGCCCUGCCCUUAGCUAGAAAGAGGCUUGCUUUUGACUCUUCUUUGAUGGGCAUGGUGAUUACAUUCCAUGAGAAUGAAGCGUACUGACUGCAUUGUGAACAAAUGUGAGCCGGACAUGCUUCGAGGCAAGGCAAGGCAGCUUUAUUUAUAUAGCACAUUUCAUACACAAGUGCAAUUCAAAGUGCUUUACAUAAAAUGAUUGACAGAAAGAAAUAAAAUGUAUCUUUAAAAUGCAAAUGAUUUAAGAUCACAAAUACUUUAGAUUUUAAGAAACAAUAAAACAGCAAUAAAAUUGAUUAAAAAUGUGAGUGUAUAUAUAAAAAGAAUAAGACCAAAAAAAUAUAUAUAUUAGAAAUAGAAGUGCAGUUGAUGUAAACCAGCACAGUGCUCAGGUUGUGAAUGCACAGCCACUUCAGUCACUGGACAUCACCUGUGACAAUCAUGUGUGCAGUAGCCUAACGUAUGUGCUCAAACAAAAGUGGAAUUUCUUGUUUGGGUGUGUGAUAUCAGCAUGCGAGGUAAACUUAGGAAGUGCACCGGAAUAGUUUUGCAGACUUGCCUUGCAGGGGUGCCUCGGUCAACUCUUUAUGGAGUGAUGAAAAUCUCUGUGCUCCCUGCUGACUGCGGCGUAUUACGUAAAAAUGAGAAGAUUGUGGCUUCGAUGCAACCUACUAAAGGUCAUAUCUUUCUUUUUAGCACCGAUUCUAAUAUUAGUUUUUAUCUUUGUGCCAGCAGAAGUGUCUAAGAGGCCUCGGUUCAUAGUAGAACUUGGCUUUAAUUGCUCAGCAAUAAAUGACAUGGAACCUGUUGAAGUAAACAAAUGUUUGGUCGCCCGAAAAAAAAGAUACGUUGUGCCAAUUGACAAGAAUAUUGUGAAUGACACUUUUUAUUGCGAUUGGUUUGUCGCAUCAAAGGGUUAUGAUGUGAAACAAGGCUCUGAGUUUGAGCGUGAGUUUCCACUUGCUUACUCUAUGGUUGUUCACAAGAAUGCUGAUCUAGUGGAGAGAUUAUUAAGGGCCAUUUAUAUGCCACAUAAUGUUUAUUGCAUACAUUAUGACCAGAAGUCUUCAGAUGACUUUAAAUCAGCGAUGCAAGGACUGGCCCGCUGUCUCCCUAACGUCUUUAUAGCCUCAAAACUGGAGAGGGUGCAGUAUGCAAGCAUCUCACGACUCAAAGCGGAUCUCAAUUGCCUGUGUGAUCUCCUGGAGUCUGACGUCAAGUGGAAGUAUGUCAUCAACCUAUGUGGUCAGGACUUUCCUCUGCGGACGAACGCUGAACUGGUGUCAGAUCUAAAGAUGCUUAAAGGCAGGAAUAUGAUGGAGAGCAAGAGACCUGGAGGAAAGGAAUGGCGCUGGAGAUUUCAACAUGUCUCAAUAAACAGAUUCUUUGACAAUUAUCAUUUGCCUAUAAAUACUUAUUGGCAUAAAAGUCCACCACCUCACCACAUAGAAAUGUUUGUGGGCAGUGCGUACUUUACAGUCUCAAGGGAAUUUGUACUUUUUGCACAGAGUUCCUUUGCCAGAGACUUCUUGGUUUGGUCUGAGGACACAUUCUCACCUGAUGAACAUUUUUGGGCAACUCUAGUUCGUGUGCCGGGAGCACCAGGAGAGGUGUUGAGAUCUGACCCCGACAUCACAGAACUGCAAAGUAAAACUCGCCUGGUGAAGUGGUCGUAUUUAGAAGGUAUUCUUUACCCACCAUGCACUGGGGAGCAUGUUCGGUCUGUGUGUAUUUAUGGUUUUGCUGAGCUCAGUUGGCUUUUAAACUAUGGUCACUGGUUUGCUAAUAAAGUGGAUCCAGACAUUGAUCCUAUACUUAUUGAAUGUUUGGAGGAGAAUCUUUUAGGCAAACAGGUGGCUUUAAACAAAACAAUGAUUUGAUCUUAUUUUCUUUACUGUUUGUGACGGUCAUUUUAUGGUUUUCAUUAAGAAAACAAGUUCCUUUCUUAUUCGCAUAAAGACUGAGUAUGAAAUUGUUUUAUAAUAAACAGGGUGCAGUCAUAUUAAAACUAAACUGAACUGUCACAUACUGUAACACCUAAUAAAGCUAUUUCCAUUUACAUCUUUUUUUGUCUCUGCUGUCAAGACAGGAAAUAAGUAUAAAACACAAUACCCAUGAUACUGCAUGUUAACAAUGAGUCACCUUUUAAACAAUUAAACACAUUUUAUCCUGAUUUAUACCGACAAAGUCACCAUACAUC